GAUCAAUUCCUGUCUCUCACACACAGAAAAUUGAAUCGGAUACUCAUGUUCGCACGGUCUGCGCCGCGCGUUUCGGCGCGGGCCUCGCGAUUUGCUCAAUGCGAAGCUGAAGCUUCGUCCUUAACGCCACGCACAUACUCCAAGCUAUCACCUCGAACAGCAUGGCGACCCAACCUCGUUAUCCAGCAAUCGAUCAUCAGAAGAAAUGCCUCGGGAGCCUCUCCGUCACGAGAAUUUUGGAAGGAGCAAGUGCGCCGCAAUCCGGUCUUGUUCCCCUUCGCUCUAAUUAGCGUCGCAGGCCUCAUCGGCUGGAGCAUCUGGUACAUCCCAUGGUACUACGAAAACGUCAUCAUCAAACCUUUCCAAAACUAUCCCGACCCCGUCGCGAACAAGCUGCGACGCGCCAUGUUCUAUACCCGGAAACCAAACGAGGAUAUUUUCGAGGCGGCACGAUACUUUCGUGAGGCGCUGAUUGUGGCGCGAAUGGAAGGUUUGGAUGCUUUCGGUGACCAUGUCAUGGCUAUCAAAUACCAUUCGGCGCUCGUGUUCGAGCGCGCCCAAAUGUACGGGGAAGCGAUAAAAGUUCUCGAGCAAAUGCGGAUCGACUGCGAGAGGUGGCUCGAGGAAGAGAGUGAUAAACACUGGAAUGAUGGCAACCGCGCGCGCGUACUGAAGAAUAUGAUACAAGCCACCGUAAAGCUCGGUCAACUGUACGACAUUAAGUAUGUCAGGGAGACGAAAAAUGCUGAGAAGCGUUUGGUGUGGGCUGUUGAGACAAUGCUGGGCGAAUUGCAGCGCAGGGAGAAGGAAGGCCUGAAGCCUGGUGAGGGCGACUUCAUGAACGAAGCCGAAAUUGGCCCAACGCUCGAGGCUUUGGGCACACAUUACGAGAUGCACGAUUCUCAUCACCUCGCAUUGCCGCUGUUUUUGCGCGCUCUAGAUCACUGUCCACCAGAAUCCUGCCAUUCUGUUAUCCUGAUGAACAAUAUAGCAACAUGUCUCGCACAACAAAAGCUCCCUCCCUCACCCCCUCCCACGCACAGUAAAUCCAAGGAAUCAACGACACCUCCAUCGCCGGUACCAACCCGUGCGCAUUUCCUCGCCCAAGCCAAAACAUGGGCCAACCAAGCCAUCGCACGUGCCGCCACCAUCUCCUCCAGCACCCGCGACGAAGAAUGCGACACAGGCUGUACAGCCGCCACGCACAAUCUCGGCGAGUUCGCGGAGAUGGUAGGGGAUUUUACGGAAGCACGCAAGUUUUAUGAUGAGGCCGGCCGGAUUGCGUAUCGUGCUGGGUUUAAGCAGGGCAGUGUUCAUGCUAAAGAAGGUUUGAAGAGAGUGGAGAAGCUGGAGAAGGCCGCGAAGAGUGCGUGA